UCGUUGAACAACUGUAGCGCAAUUGGCGCAUCUCUAAUUGGUACUAAAGUAUUUCUUAUAUUUCAUUUUUAGAACACUCACGCGUGUGUGAAAUGGAACCGUGGAUUUGCUACAUUAAGCCGGAGUAUUUGUUAGCCGAAGCUAAUGGUGCCCACAACUGGGAAGUAAAUGCAUCCACUGAUGGAGAAACAAACAAAAGAAAACACCUAGAGAAUGAGGAAACGACAAACGAGCCACAGAGCAAGCGUGGAAGUGGCAAAAAAGAGCGCAAACGUGGCCAGAAUAAAAAUCGACCCGUGUUCAAAGAUGAGCGCUACUCGCAUUUGUGCCACUCGCUCAUAGAUGGCGCUGGUGGUGAGCCCUGCAGUGUGCCGAAUUGCCGUUAUGUGCAUGAUCUGAACGCAUUUAUAGCAGCCAAAGGUGAGGAUUUGGGUGAGCAAUGCUACGUGUAUGACACCAAGGGAUAUUGUGCACGUGGCAUAACAUGCCGUUUUGCCAAAGCCCACACAGAUGAAAACGGACGAAAUAUGAAGAGGCCAAAUUACGAUGAAAAAGCCGCGCAGACUACGUACAAUGGCAUCAACUCAGAACUGCAGGUACGUCUACGCAAGCAUGACUACGAUUUUAGUCGUAGCAAAGAGUUGAUCAAGAAGGCGGAAAAGCUCAGAGAUGAAAGGAAGAAAGAUCAUCAGCAGCAAGAGGAGGAGGUGCAGGACAAAGACAAAGAGGAACAGAACAGCGGGAAAGAACGCCAGCAGCAGGAUGCAGCACCUAUAGAGAACAAAGAAUCGACAGAGAACCAGUCAUUGGCAAACAAGCCCAUUGGCAGUGCUAUAGAUGAAACAACAAAUGGACGCGAUGCGCAACGAAAGCCUGUCAUCGAUUUUCGAGAGAAGCUGUUGCUCUCCCCGCUGACCACAGUGGGCAAUUUGCCAUUUCGUCGCAUCUGCAAGGAGUUCGGGGCAGACAUCACCUGUGGGGAGAUGGCAUGCGCUGUGCCGCUGCUCAAGGGUCUCGGGCAGGAAUGGGCGCUGACCAAGCGUCAUGAGAGCGAGAACGUGUUUGGCGUGCAGCUGUGUGGCAACAACCCGAAUGUGAUUAGCCAGGCGGCGCAAGUGUUGCACGAAACAUCGCGGGUGGACUUUAUUGAUCUUAAUAUAGGCUGUCCCAUUGACCUCAUUUACCAACAGGGCGGAGGCAGUGCACUGAUGCACCGUACCAAUAUCCUGGAACUGACUGUGCGCAGCUGCUCGGCGCUGUCCGAUCGGCUGCCUUUCACUGUGAAAAUGCGCACAGGGGUCUAUGCGGACAAGAGUGUGGCCCACGAGCUGCUGCCUCUGGUGGAGGAAUGGGGCGCCUCGGCUGUUACCUUGCACGGACGUUCGAGGGAGCAGCGAUACACGCGCCAAGCCAACUGGACGUACAUUGAGGAGUGCGCCAAGCAAGCAAAGCAUAUACCCGUGAUUGGGAAUGGCGACAUUCUGAGCUAUGAGGACUACGUAGAGCGACGAGCUUUGGCUCCGCAUGUUAGCUCUGUGAUGAUAGGACGCGGUGCGUUAAUUAAGCCUUGGAUCUUCCAGGAGAUCAAAGAGCAAAAAGCAUGCUCACCCAGCUCUACGCAACGGUUCGAAAUGAUGCGGCGCUAUUGCAACUACGGACUGGAACACUGGGGCUCUGAUACUAAGGGCGUGGAGAGCACCCGACGCUUUCUGCUCGAAUGGCAAUCGUUCCUUUACCGCUACAUACCAGAGGAGCUGCAGCUGUCGCCGCCACAGAAAAUCAAUGCCAGGCCACAAAAGUAUCGCGGACGCGAUGAAAUGGAGACACUGAUGAGCUCCGGCAACGCCUCUGACUGGGUGCGACUCAGUGAAAUGCUGCUCGGCCCGGUACCUCACGGAUUUAGCUUUGUGCCCAAGCACAAGGCGAAUGCUUUCUAAGAAUAACUGUUCCCCAUCAGCUGUUAACUAAUAAUUUUUGCUACGUAUUAAAUAUAUGUACAUACAUAUGUGUUUAGCUAUACCAUGAAAAAGGAAUCUUUUUACAAUUUUAGAUGAAUAGGAUUAAAUUUAAUGUAAUCAUGAGAUGUUCACUAACAUAACUGGUUGCAUGCAACUUUUUCUCCAUAGUAUGGGCUUUGUUAAUAUAAGGAGAAGAAUUUGUAAUACAUCGAUCGACUAUUUGAACUGUGUUUUGUAACAAUUGCUGAUUAUCACGAGUCUUCCGGUUGUGAAUAUGAAUUUCAGUCUAUCGAUAAAGUUACGAAAAUUUAUAACUUUAAUAGAGUUCUGGCUAGCCAUACUCUGUAAUUUUCUCAAAAUAACGUACUUUCAACCCGAAUUAUACCCACUAUGGGUAUAAUAAGUGAAUGUGAUUGCAAAAAGUAUACAUGUAUACAAAACUCAAGAGAUUGACAUUGGCUUAAUUUAAAUAUACUUACUUAUAUACAAAGCUGUAUACUAA